GGUGUGAGGGGACACAGGAGAACACAUCGGGGAACAUGGAGGGGACACGAGUAACAUCAAGGGACAUGGAGGGCAACACGGGGGGACAUGAAGGGGACACGGGUGGCAUCGAGGGACACGGCACAACACGGGGCACAUGGAGGGGACACGUGGGGACACGAGGAGCAUAGGGACACGAGGUGACAUGGAGGGGCCAACACGGGGGGACACGCGAGGCAAGGGGACACGGGUGAUGUGAGGGGACACAGGACAAUAUCGGGGGACACGGAGGACAUCAAGAAACAGAGGGUGACAUCGAGGGACACGGGGUGACAUGGAGGCGACACGGGUGACAUCGAGGGACACCCAGGAUGAGGCCACCACCACAGCGAUGUCCCCACACGGUGACCCCUGUCACACAGCGCGGGGGGUGCUGGGGCUCCCACGCUCAUUAACCCCACACCGGAGCAGUUCAUUAACAAAUUCCAGCGCGGCUGCUCCUAAUUACCCUGGGGGGGGGUGGGCGGAGUCCCUGUGACCCCAUAAAUGCCGCUCGGGGGUGGCCCCGCUGUUUGUGGGAUCCCCUUGGGCUUCAGAACCGCGGCGCUGCUUUGGGCUGUGCCACCCCCGAGCCGUGUCCCCUCCCCAGCCAUGUCCUUCACGGACAGCACCGACAGCGGCUCCGACAGACCCGUGUCCGUCCUUUGGGGGUGCGAGCUGACCAGCGCCAGGAGCUCCUGCACCUUCCAAGUGAGCGAGGAUUGGAACUGCGAGCAGCAGCUGGUGCUGCGCACGGUGUGCCUGGGGGAGGCGGCCCGGGAUGAGUUCCACGUGCUCGAGGUGGUGGCCGAGGGCGGCGAAGGCCGCGCCCCGCUGCCGCUGGCCACGCUCAAACCCUCGGUGCUGCCCAUGGCCUCGCUGGCCGGAGUGGAGCUGAGCCCCCCGGUGACCUUGCGCCUGCGAACCGGCUCGGGGCCCCUCUUUGUCAGCGGCCAGCACGUGUCCAUCAUGGACCUGAGCUCGGAUGAGGAUUAUGAUGAUGAGGAGGAGGAAGAAGAGGAAGCAGCAGUGCAAGCCCCCAAGAAGCCCCCCAAGGGCUCAGGUGCCCAGAAGGGCAGAACAACCAAGAAAAGGAAGUGGGAAAAGGAGGAGGAGCCCAGGAACAGCCUUGUCCCCCCACGUGCCUCCCCAGCCAAGGGACGCGGAGCCGGCCGGGGCAGGAAAAGAGCAGCGAAAAAAUGACGGGAAUUAUUGGGGAAUUCUGGGAAUUCCAUCCAGGUGCCUGGAAGCAGCAGCAGCAGCAGCUGCUGGUGGUGGUGUUGUUCCCUAUUAAAUAAAGCACAUUUUGCACUCCUGGA